ACCAGCUGAGUUUCAGGUCUCUCCAGGUACAGCUGAGGAACUAGAAGGCUGACGGCUCUGCCAACGAAACGAAGCUGUAGUUAACCCAAACGCAAGUUUGUUGUUAGUUAUGUAGUUUUGUUAAAGAUAAAUUUGACUCUUCACUCGAUUAAUUUGUCAGCUGAAGAAGGAGGACGGCUCAUGGCUGUGAUUUCAGCAGCUUUCGUUUUGUUUUGCACAUUUGGAUGGAGCUUUAACGCCGCCGCUCAGACUUGCUCAGAUGGGAGCAAGUUUUCGGAGCAGGUGGCCUAUGUGGGGCAGCAUGAGCCCCCUUAUCAGUUGAGGUGCCCUCUGGAGGUUCUUCAGCCCCAGAAUUCGUCCCAGCUGCUGCUGAGCUGGCAGAAGGACUGUCAGCCACUCCUGGACCAGGAGGGUAAGGCCUACCUGCAGUUUACCAGCCUCAGAGUGGAAGACCAAGGGAAUUACACCUGUGUGCAACAAGGCAACAACACAGCCUCAUUCCGCGUGCAUCUCAUAGUUAAAGAGUUCCUGUGCUCCAAAGCCCCAGAGUUUAAACCUAAUGGAGGCCCUACCAGACUCUGGGGGACUGAGGGGUCCUCUGUGAAACUGAACUGCAGCGCUCUCCUCUUCUGGGACCCACAAGAGAAGCAAUGUGACACCACACUGCAGUGGAGUAAAGACGGGAAACCCCUCACCAAUCACACACUCUACACCCAGAACACCUCAAUAUGGUAUCCUGUUGUCGGCCAGCUGAUGGUAAACAGUCUGCUGGAGAUCACCCUCAGAGAGUGGGAUGAUUUUGGGCUGUACAGCUGCACAGUGAGGAACCUUUCCUCUGACUUUGAUCUACAGGAUCCAGACAGCCCCAGCCACACAGCUGCUGUCGCUGCAGCUAUCAUCCUACUCCUCCUCCUCGCUGUAGCUGCUGUUGUAUACAUUAAAUGUCACCUGAACAUCAAACUCUGGUACAAGAACUCUUACGGAGACUAUGAGCUCAACGAUGGCAAACUGUAUGAUGCCUAUGUCUCCUAUGUGAACAAUGAUUAUGACAGGAAGUUUGUCAGCUUUGUUCUCAAACCUCAUCUGGAGAGUAAAAAUGGGUACAAAGUGCACCUCAAUGAGAACGAAAUUCUCCCUGGAUCAGAGCCCACUGCAGAGCUGCUGAUGAACAUAAGUCGCUCUCGGCGUCUGAUCGUGUUGCUCUCUCAUGCUUACCUUGAGCAGGACUGGUGUACCACUAACUUCAGACAGGGCCUCCUGCACUUACUGGAGCUGAGUCAGCGGCCAAUCCUUAUCAUGCUGGAGGGUCAGUCCAAACGAAUGAGGCUCGAUGUCAAGCAGCAGCUCAUUGAGCACCAGCACUGUCUCACAAUCCUCACCUGGAAACACAACUCUGUGACUCCCUCCUCAGUGUUCUGGAAGGAGCUGGCCUUAGCCAUGCCACGUAGGGUGAUCUUCCACAGCGAGUCAGCAGGAGACCCACAAAUCGUGCUGCAAGAUGACAAGGACCCCAUGCUGACCCUUGACCCCAACUACCUGGACUGUCGCUCUGACACAGACCCUGCAGGAGAUCUGGGGGUUCGGCUCCCUGUAUAUAAAUCUCGGGCUGGCAGAGCUCCUGUCCUCCCUCCUGUCCUUCCUCCUGCUCCCAUCAACCCUGAGCCCAAACCUUCAGACAUUGACGUAUCCGACCUGGGAUCACGCAGCUACGCAGCACGCUCAGACUUCUACUGCCUGGUGACUGCGCAGGACAUUUGAUCCCCACUCCUUUUUUUUUUUUUUACCUCUGAUGAAGAACACCUACAUGAAGGUCUUCUUUAGCAUAUGGUUGUUGUGUUUGUGUUGUGUACAGUGUUGUUAAAAUCAAAAUGUUUUCUGUCUGAUGUUACCAAAGACUGAUUUUGAAUGUUUUCUAUUUUUUAGUGUUUUGUAAAAUAUUUUAUGAGAAAUUAUCUGAAGAAUUAAUAACAAUCAGGGAAAGACGUGCUUAUGUAGAAAUGUUGAUACUGCCAAAGAUCUGUCAUAAAGUCUCCAGCAGAGGGCAGAGUGAUGUUAGAGAGGAUGAAGGAAUUCCUCUUUUGAAGCUGUUGGUGUGAUUUUGACAGCUGUCAGCACACAGAGGAGUGGGAAAGAUGAAGAAGAUACAUGUGAAAGACGUCUUAAGGCAUAUUUAAACCGUGAACACUGAUGUGUCAACUAAAGCAAGAAGAUGCUUCUCACUGACGAACCUGAGCGGUUGACAUAUCUGUACCAAUGUCGGUCGUCCUGUGUCUUAACACAACAUGACAAUCAGGCUAAUAAAGCAGUUUGAGGAAA